UAUUGCUUUACUCUCUGGGGUUUGGUUAAAUUCAUUGUUUUUGGUUUAGGGUUUUGAAAGUUUUAACUUUUCUUUCUUUAUCAAAGGAAAAUCUUUGGAGAAAAUAGAUUUGACUUUUUCUUUUCAUGUUACUCCUUCUACUUACUGGGUUGAGACUUGUUUCAGUCCUAUGAACUGAGUUCACAUUUUUCUUUUUAAUUCCAAAGCAUUAAUUUGCCUGGUACUGAAUGUUAAAAACUGCACUUACUUUUCUGCAACCUGAAAAGGGUCGUUUUGGGAGCUUUUUGGGAUUUUGUUUGACAUUCUUUGUCUAUAUAUAAAAAAGUAAGAUUUGAUAGGGCAAUUGUUAUUUUUUAUUGCCUUGUUACGUUUAUUAAUUCGUGUAAUUCAUAUUAUAACUGAAGUCACACUUUUAUUUGCUCUGUUUACUUUCCUUUUUUGUGUGCUUCCUCAUUUAUGCCAAAAUAGACACACACACACGCACGCACAUGAAUAGAAAAGAAUGAUUUUGCUAAGAUGAAGUUUUCUGUGACACUAAGUACCGGGAUAUCUAUAUUUAUUAUAUAAAUAUAUAUUAUAAAGUUUACAUUUACCAACCUAAGACUUACUGGAAAUGAUGAUUGUGAAGUUUUAUGGAAAUUGUCACUGAUAUGAAAGUUGUAAACUAAAAUGAAUUGAAUUCCUUGCCGUGUCCUCCUACCCCUAAGUUUUAUUGAAGUACUAGUACCGCUGGAAAAUUCCUGAUGUGGGUCAAGAACCGAAGAGGCAGUGCUUGAGAGUUGCUAGUUUUUAUCAUUGAUUGAUUGAUUGUCCUAACUGAAACUUGUGCACACGGGAACUCUUUUUUUUUUUUUUAAACUUUUUCUCUUUAGCAAUUAUGUUGUUCUGUGACAGUCUUGAUCUUACUGUCAAUCUCGCUUGGAUUCAGAUGUGAGGGUGUUUUUCUUUUAUGUGAUGGACAUGUGCCUGCCUUGGUAAUGGCUACUACAAAAAAAGAAGGAGAUGGAAGUAACUUGUACACUCGUAAGAGAUUUUGUAUUUCAUUGCAUUGGUCAUUGGGGUCGACUUUGCUGAAGAUGGAAUUAUUUCUUGGUGUUCUUCUAUCAGCUUGCUUGCUCUCAUUUGUAUCUGCUGAUUCACAAGGAGAGGCUUUAGUUGCAUUAAAGAAUUCACUCCAUGCUUCAGCCGAUCAGUUGAGAGAUUGGAGUCCAAAUCUGGUUAGCCCAUGCACUUGGUCAAAUGUUAGGUGUGAUCCUAAUAAUAAUGUCAUUUCCGUGACUUUGUCAUCCAUGAACUUUUCUGGCACAUUGUCCCCUAAAAUAGGGGUUCUGAGCAAUCUUACAUCACUUACAUUGAAAGGAAAUGGUAUAACUGGUGAGAUACCAAAAGAGUUUGGAAACUUGUCAAGCUUGACUAGCUUGGAUUUGGAAAGUAAUCGUUUAACUGGAGAAAUACCUUCUUCCCUCGGUAAUCUUAAAAAUCUGCAGUUCUUGACGCUUAGUAAGAACAACCUUAGUGGAACUGUUCCUCAGUCGAUUUCAGGUCUUCCAAAGUUGAUCAAUCUUUUUCUUGAUUCGAAUGAUCUUAGUGGUGAAGUUCCAGAUCUUUUGUUUAACAUUCCAAUUUAUAAUUUUGCAGGAAACAGGUUAAAUUGUGGUGAAAAUUUUCCUCACCCAUGUGUGUCAAAUGGAAAUGAUUCAGGAACUACGAAGAAGUCAAAGGUUGGUAUUAUUGUUGGAGUUGUUGGGGGAAUUUUAGUAGUUCUUCUUUUUGGUGGCUUGCUGUUUUUCCUGUACAAACGUAGACAGAAAGGCUACAAGGGCGAUGUCUUUGUGGACGUUGAAGGUGAAGUUGACCAAAGAAUUGCUUUUGGUCAAUUAACAAGGUUUGCAUGGAGGGAAUUACAGUUGGCUACAGAUAGCUUCAGUGAAAAGAAUGUCCUUGGACAGGGAGGUUUUGGAAAGGUGUAUAAAGGUGUGCUUCUCGAUAACACAAAAGUUGCAGUUAAGAGGUUAAUUGAUUUUGAAAGUCCUGGAGGAGAUGCAGCUUUUCAACGUGAAGUCGAGAUGAUAAGUGUAGCCGUUCACAGGAAUCUCUUACGGCUCAUUGGCUUUUGCACAACACCAACUGAACGCCUUUUGGUCUAUCCCUACAUGCCGAAUUUAAGUGUGGCGUAUCGUCUUCGAGAAGUCAAACCUGGUGAACUUGUUUUAGAUUGGCCUCAAAGAAAAAGAAUAGCCCUAGGUGCAGCACGUGGGCUGGAGUACCUUCAUGAACAUUGCAAUCCUAAGAUCAUUCAUCGAGAUGUGAAGGCUGCAAAUGUAUUAUUGGAUGAAGAUUUUGAAGCAGUUGUCGGUGACUUUGGCCUUGCGAAGUUGGUGGAUGUGAGGCGGACAGAUGUGACAACUCAAGUUCGCGGGACAAUGGGACACAUAGCACCCGAGUACUUGUCCACUGGGAAGUCAUCAGAAAGAACGGAUGUCUUUGGUUAUGGGAUUAUGCUUCUAGAGCUUGUGACAGGUCAACGUGCAAUUGAUUUCUCACGCUUGGAAGAUCAGGAUGAUGUUCUGCUUCUUGAUUAUGUCAAGAAGCUGGAAAGGGAGAAAAACCUGGAUGCUAUCGUAGAUCAUAAUCUUAAUAAAAAUUACAACAUGGAGGACGUAGAGGCAAUGAUCCAAGUUGCAUUGCUUUGCACCCAAGCCUCACCAGAGGACCGUCCGGCAAUGUCGGAGGUGGUGAGGAUGCUGGAAGGAGAGGGGCUAGCUGAGAGGUGGGAAGAAUGGCAGCACGUUGAAGUUACACGUAGGCAAGAGUAUGAAAGACUGCAAAGGAGAUUUUACCGGGGGGAAGACUCACUACACAACCAGGUCGCUAUCGAGUUAUCCGGUGGAAGAUGAGGUAAAGAAUCCCCCGCUUGUUAGAAAAGCAUGUAACAUCUUAGUUUCUUUUAGUUAGGUUAGCUGAUUGUGCAAUUGAUGUAGGGACAGUGGAAAGAAAAUGCGUCGUAUGGUUUUAUAUACGAUUGCAUUUGUUUGUCAUAGCUCUCCCUUUUUUACAUGUUUUAUACAGGGGAUGUAUGUGUUUAUUGCAUUGAACAACGCAAACCCGAAAAUGAAAAGCAUGAUCUUGUAUAUUUCCACAUGAAUAUUUGAAGAUUUUCUGGAAUUCUAACAA